GUAGAUCAGGCAACGCAGCGCUUGUGAAGGAAGAAGGGCUGGGAUAAAGUAAGUGACUCUGAGUGUUCCACUAUGGCGGCCAGCGAUGCAACAACCGAUGAUUCGUUGUACCCAAUAGCUGUAUUGAUUGACGAGUUACGAAAUGAAGAUGUCCAGCUUCGCCUCAAUUCCAUCAAGAAGUUAUCCACUAUUGCAUUGGCAUUGGGUAUAGAAAGGACACGGAGUGAAUUGAUACCUUUCCUGACGGACACAAUUUAUGAUGAAGAUGAAGUGCUAUUGGCUUUAGCUGAACAACUGGGAGCUCUAACCCCAUUAGUUGGAGGUCCUGAAUUUGUUCAUUGUCUUCUGCCCCCAUUAGAGUCACUGGCUACUGUGGAAGAGACUGUUGUUCGGGACAAAGCUGUGGAGUCCCUGCGUCUGAUUUCAGAACAACAUAGUCCUUCAGACCUGGAAACAUAUUUUGUUCCAUUACUGAGAAGACUUGCUUCAGGAGAUUGGUUCACGUCGCGCACAUCUGCUUGUGGACUUUUCAGCGUAGCUUAUUCCAAAGUAUCGCAUAAUGUGAAAGGAGAAUUGAGGGCAACGUUUCGUAUGCUUUGCCAAGAUGACACUCCUAUGGUGCGUCGCGCGGCAGCAUCUAAACUUGGAGAGUUUGCUCGAGUCGUAGAAGUGGAGUGGUUAAAAGCCGACUUAAUUCCGAUGUUUGUCCUUUUAGCCCAAGACGAACAGGACUCGGUGCGACUUUUGGCAGUCGAGGCCUGCGUUUCUAUGGCUGAGCUUCUUCAGCAGGAAGAUGUAGAACAGCUUGUAAUGCCAACUUUGAGACAGUGUGCGGAAGACAAAUCAUGGAGAGUGCGGUACAUGGUGGCUGAUAAGUUUACUGAGUUACAGAAAGCUGUUGGCCCAGAAAUUUCCAAACAAGACUUAGUGUCGGCAUUCCAAGCCCUGCUGAAAGAUCCUGAGGCAGAAGUGAGAGCUGCAGCGGCUCAUAAAGUACGAGACUUUUGCCAAGCCCUAGAUCCUGCGUUCCGAGAAAGUCUCAUCAUGAAUCAGAUUCUGCCUUGUGUCAAGGAAUUAGUGUCUGAUGCUAACCAACAUGUUAAAUCGGCCCUGGCUGCUGUUAUCAUGGGCCUCAGCCCUAUUUUAGGAAAAGAAAACACGAUUGAGCAUCUCUUACCGUUGUUCCUUACACAGUUAAAAGACGAGUGCCCUGAAGUUCGCUUAAAUAUAAUCUCGAACUUGGAUUGUGUCAACAGUGUCAUUGGGAUUCAACAAUUAUCUCAAUCACUUCUCCCAGCUAUUGUCGAAUUGGCCGAAGAUUCCAAAUGGAGAGUACGCUUGGCAAUUAUCGAGUAUAUGCCUCUGCUGGCCGGUCAACUCGGAGUAGAGUUCUUUGACGAGAAACUCAAUACACUAUGCAUGGCGUGGUUGGUAGAUCACGUUUACGCCAUCCGUGAAGCAGCCACAAACAACUUAAAGAAGCUAGUUGAAAAGUUUGGUGUUGAGUGGGCACAAAGUACCGUGAUCCCUAAAGUCUUGGCCAUGGCGCGUGAUCAGAAUUAUCUCCAUCGUAUGACGUGUUUGUUCUGCAUCAACGUUCUGUCGGAAGCCUGUGGACCAGAUGUAACCGGCAAAGUACUACUGCCAACUGUCAUUUCUAUGGCGAAUGAUAACGUGGCGAAUGUACGCUUUAAUGUUGCCAAGUCAUUGCAGAAGUUAACGCCUCGAAUGGAAGCACAGGCAACCCAUAGUGCUAUUAAACCCGUGCUCGAUAAAUUAAUCACAGACACUGAUGUCGAUGUGAAAUACUUUGCGUCAGAAGCCCUAGCAGUUCUGUCUGGCUGAAAUCCACGAGUAAAUUUGUCGGUGAAAAUGGAUCUAUAGCUGUGACUUAUUGGCUGUCUAUUAAUUUUUUCCCCUCGUUUAAAUUUACAUUUCAUCCCCGAAAAUUAAUAUUGGCAAGUAUCCCAUUCUUUAUGUAGUAUCAUCAUCACCCAAACCCUUCGUUUCUUGGUAUUUCGCUUAGGACAGUCAUACUCGCAAUUCAUCCGGAGCGAUGAAGUUCGUGUAUCCCGGAGAUCUUAUCCCCUUAAGGGCGUUAAAUUUAGCUGUUCAAAUGUAACACUUUUCUUCAUUUAAUUUCGAAAUACAAAGCAACGUUCUUUUGUUCAUAAUUAAAUAGUAAAA